GUUUUCUUACAAAGCUUCCCUCGUGAGGUUCGUGUCUGACCUUGCGAAGUUUGCAGAGCCGAGAAGCGCGAAAUUCAGAAAGACUUCAAAAAUACAAGAUCGACUACUGAGGAGAUAUGGAUCCCUUCGCCGUUGCCGGACUGUUAAUAGGCGCGAUUGGCAUCCCAGUUCAGCUGUAUACAAGCUGUGUCCUCGCAUUCUCUACACUCAAAGACGUCAGGGAGACUGGAAGCUCUUUCACAACUCUCAGUUUGCUGCUGAAAGUGCAGCGAACUCGCUUCCUCGUCUGGGGUCAAAACUUUGACAUUUACAAAUCCGGGCCCAACCUGGAGAAACUCUCGCCCCCAGUGUACGAAACCCUGAUUCAGACCUUGAUCCGCAUCAAGGAACUGCUGGAGCAAGUCGGCGAGGUGGGCGGGAAAUAUGGGCUCAGUAGCCCGAUUCCCAUCAAACCCGAAAUCGAACAGGACGAGACAAUCGCCCGCAGGGAGAUUUCUAGGCAGGCGACUAUGGUGUAUAAGGUGGAUCGGAGCUGUAGCGCCUUUCGAAAGUUCCAAUGGAUCAUCCACGACCGAUCCAAGUUUGAGACUUUGGUUACGCAACUGACUAGUUUUAUGGACGCUUUGUACGAGUUCUGCCCGCCAGAUCGCCAACAAGAUCUCAGCCGUAACGUCGAGGCCGAGGUGCUAGCGACCACGAUCAUCGAUCACGGAAGCGCUGGGGUCCGAGCGCUUCAAGAAUCUUCGCAGCAUAGUGACAACGACACAAUCAGGGAGAUUCAGAGCUUUGCGUCCGUCAUGGCCAGCGCGAGAAGGGCCGAUGCUUCGGGCGUAGGACAACUCAAUUCUGCUUGGACAUCUUUCACACCUUCGUACGACUUGUACAUCCACCACAAUACGCUCCAAAUUACAAACGCUCCCGAUCAUACCCCAGGCAGGGCAUGGGCAACGUUCACCGCACAAACGAGUCUGGGCGUGCAGCCCCUCCGGGUCGUCGUCGAGUGGUGCACAUACAAUGAGAUGGCGGUGCAGAGAGUCUCCAAGGUAGACUUGCAACUGAAGAUUGAAGGGCAAGUCCGCAUGCUUCAAGAUUCAACUCGCCGCCCGCAAUUCAGGCAUCUGAAUUGCAUCGGAUACUAUGAAGACCCUACAGCCGCGAGGUUUGGAGUCGUUUACCAUUGCCCUUCCAAUCCCGCAGGCGCGGCUACUACGCUUACAACGCUCCAUCAACUGCUCAAGGGUCAGCACGUUCCUGUCUUGGAAGACCGCUUUGCCCUCGCCUCAUUGCUGGCAGAAUCGCUCUUCUCAUUCCUGGCCGCUGGCUGGCUGCACAAGACAAUCAACUCCCUCAACAUUCUCUUCUUCAGUAAUGGAAACGGCCCUCAACGCGAGCAGUUUUCCCUGCGAGACCCGUAUCUCUCCGGCUUUGCACGGUCCCGGAUGGUAAAUAACGUCAACGUAACCAGCAUGGGCAUGGCUCAAUUCCCGGAGACCCUGUAUUGCCACCCAGACGUGAUGGGAGGGGAGAGGAGGGUGGCGGCCAACUCCCAUCAUCUCCACGACAUCUACAGCUUCGGCACCAUCCUGCUAGAGAUCGGGACUUGGGUGCGGUUGGAGAAGCGGUACAGGACUGGGUCUGAUGGCCCUGAGUUCCGCAAAGAGUUGGUUCGGGUUGUCGCACCGCAGCUUGGUCCGUCGAUGGGUACUCGCUAUAUGCAGGCGGCGUUGAAGUGCAUAGAGGGGAGGUUUGAUGGAUUGGCACACUUUAAUGGCACAGAGCCUGACUAUAACCUUAAUCUUUUGAGGAGUUUCCACUGGGAGGUGGUGUCCGUUCUGAAGUCAUUCCAGAUCUAG